AUGCGACUCACCAUCUGCAGCCUCGCGAGGCUCGGUGGGUUCCUUUCGACCAUCCCUCUCGCCGCAGCCCUGCCGUCGGGUGAAACGAACUUUAUGAGUGUGCGCGAGAAUGUCGCCAAGGACUAUGAGAGCGUGACGGAGAUUCCACAAGACAAGUACUUCAGUGAGUGCUCCCUGAUCUCAACACUCAGCGUCAAGAUACUGACACAUAUUCACACCCGCAGAUUUCACUAUCAUUAUGACGGACGAUUCGCAGAGUCGCCUCUGCCCGAUGACCAAGUGACACCUCAUCUAUCAGCUCUCAUUCGGACGUAUUUGACCACGAUGGCUUCGAUUGGAGCUGAAACCUGGAUCAUGCACGGCACACUACUCGCGUGGUGGUGGAAUCAAAAGGUCAGUCGCUUCCUUCACCUGCACUCCGCCUGGCUCGUCACAGUACCCCAGGUUCCGCUCCCCUCGAUGCAGGGGGGACCUCCAACUCACAUCUUCCUCACUCAGAUCUUCCCAUGGGACAACGACCUCGAUGUGCAAAUCUCCGAACCAACCAUCCACUUUCUCGCAGACUAUUACAACAUGACUCAGCACCACUUUGAUAUCCCCGGUGUCAGUGGCGGACGAACAUACCUCCUGGAAAUCAACCCUCAUUACGUGGUGCGCACUACCCAAGACCGUUUGAAUGUCAUUGACGGUCGCUGGAUCGACACGUCCUCGGGUCUCUUUAUCGACAUCACGGCGGUGCGCAAGGACGAUGAGCAGCGCCAGAGAGGCAACAUCGAGGCCUUGAUGUGUAAAGACCACCACCGCUACGACGAGAGUCAAAUCUUCCCGCUGCGGGACAGCUACUUUGAAGAUGUGCCGGUGAAGGUGCCUUACGCUUACACGUGGCUCUUGGAAGAAGAGUACGGGCCGAAAUCAAUGACGAACAAGUUCUUUGGCGGGCACAAGUUCAAUGACGAGACCAAGGUCUGGGAUCCCAUUGUCUAG